GAAACCCGAAGAGGUAGUCGCCACUGUUGUGGACCAUUUAGAGACCGCUCUUUUCCGGUGCUUUGAGAGCUACAGCUAGGACAGUUAACUCAUUAGAAAAGUACAAAUACAAGUAUAAAUAUCACUCCCUUCGAUUUAAGGCAAACUAAAAUGCAGAAUCGCUGCGCUGCUCCCAACUGUACCAAUGCCAAACGGGACUCCUAUUCACUCUUCCGCUUCCCGCUCGACGCAGAAAGGUGUAAAACAUGGGUGGAAAAAUGCCAGCGGGAAGAUCUUGCAGGCAAAUCCCCAGAGCAGCUGUUCAGAUACUACAGACUUUGCGGGAAGCAUUUUGAAAAGUUGACUGAUAGCAGUGACCAAAGCAUCGUGAUGAAGGAUGACGUCAUACCAACUAUUUUUAAUGAACCCGAAAACCCUCCAAAAAAAUCCACGAAGCGCAGUAAAGAGAUGGAGGAAGACACAGAGAGUAAGGGAGGAAAAAAACUCAAAGAGUCCCAAGAUGACACAACUACGGAGGGUCCUCAGGCCUCUUCGAAGGAAGACAAACAGAAAGAAUAUCUCACAUUGUUAUUUGAGGCCCUUGUACUUUUAGGAGAGCAGAACAUUCCUGUGACGACGUCCGACGGUAAUAAACAGGACACAUUAAGCAAUUUUGAGGCGUUGCUCCAGUAUCGCAAGAGUUGUGAAGAUGAAGCGAUGAAGAAGGUGCACGACACCAAUACAGAGUGCUGUUCAUCGCUUCAGCUGAGUCAGCUGACUGAAUCGUGCGAAAGAUGCAUCCGCCGUAAGUUGAUAGAGGAAGUGAUGCAAAACGGCCUGUUCUCAAUUAUAACUGAGGAUUUGGUAAAGAUUUCAGAAGGUUGGUUCCUCCCUGUGUUCUUGCGCUAUGUGGAUCAGUCUAACCAUCAAUGUGAGAGGUUUGCUGGCUUCUUGUCUUUUGAUGGAGAUGCGGAUGUUUUGGCGGAAAAACUUUUGUCUGAAAUGGUCGAUGAAUGGGGUUUGAACAUGGAGCAGUGUAGAGGCCAAGCCCACUCGUGCUCCUGGACACACCUAACUAAAGUCAAAGCAUUUGCCACCAAAGUGAUGGAGAAGUAUCCGCUGACGGUGCUUACAUUCCGACCCACCCACGCCUUGAACAUAUCGCUAGCCAAUGGUAUGGCUUUGUCUGGAGUCCAGCUCGUCAUGUGCACCUUGGAGAAAAUUGAAUCUUUCUUCAAUCACUCCUCGUUACUGUGCUUGGAGUUGGAGCAUGCUAUCUCCAUCAUCUACCCCGACAAAGAAGAGAAGGUCCUGGAACUGAAAGAGAUUUGCAGCACCAGCUGGACUAGAAGACACAAUGUGUUUGAGGUGGCAGUGGAGCUCGUCGAGGCUUUGCUGCUGUGUGUGGACAGCGUACACGACAACGAAGACUUGCGAUGGAGCGAUACGAUCACGUAUAAUGCCUUGGAGAUCUCGAAAGCUCUGGCAGAUUUUGAGUUCAUUAUGGCUUUGGUUGUUCUGAAAAACACCAUGACGCUUUUAAAGGCCUUUGGGAGGAACAUUCAAGGGGAUGCAACUAACACCAAUUUUGCAGCCAACAGUGUGAAAGCAGUGUUACACUCUCUUAAGGAAGUGGCCGACAAUAUCGAGGUGUACCAUGAGUUCUGGACCGAGGAGGCGGUCAACCUUGCUGCUACAAUGGAGAUUGCAGUAGAACUUCCUCGGUCACUCUUGAGGAAGCAUCCGUCCGACUUCCUUCAACCAGAGACUUACUACAAGCAGCACCUAGCCAUUCCUGUAGUGCAACACGCGCUCAACGAAGUUAGCGAACUCUUCACCGAUGACCACAUGAAGGCUCUGAGAUGCUUGUCACUGAUUCCCUCGGUCAUAGAAGAGAACAAGGCCACUCAGCCCGAGGAAGAAAACAUGCUGGCGUUCAAAAACGACAUACCGAACGCGGCUUCUCUCACCGCCGAGCUACAUUGUUGGUGGGUUAAAUGGAGCAAAAAGGGUAAAGGAGAAACCCUGCCUUCUAGCCUGCAUGAAACACUGCAGCAAGCGGACCUCAAGUUUUUCCCAAACAUGCUUGCACUCUUGAGAUGUUUGGGCGUCCUGCCUACAUUAGCUUUGGAGAGCAAUUUGAAUGUGGCAUACGAGCGCUUCAAGGCAUACAUGGAAAACACUCCUGACAUCGCUAAAUCCAAGAGUCUAGCUUUUCUGAAAAUCAACAAUGACAUUGGCUAUGACUUGGAUUCAAUGGUUGAAGUCUAUAUGAAGAUGUACCCUGUUGGUGACGACUCUUCAUAGUUCUGACUUGUUCUGCAAUUUAGUCACUUGGUCAAACUUUUGGGCUUUAAGGCCACUUUUGAUGUUUAGCAGUAGCAAACAAAAGUUAGCUUGUAAGUAAAAAAGUAUAAAAUACAAUUCAGGUGGUCCUGGUUUUAAAGGGAAAAUAAACCUUUGGGGGAAUGUUGCCUAUCAUUUACAAUCAUAAAAUACAAAAUCACAUGUCUUUUUUGUUAGGAUUGUAAAGAUAAAAAACACUUGCAAGAUGUAGCUAAUGAGUCACCCUUGUAGCCUGUAACAGACACAUUCAUAACAAUAUGUACAAACCCCGUUUCCAUAUGAGUUGGGAAAUGGUGUUAGAUGUAAAUAUAAACAGAAUACAAUGAUUUCCAAAUCCUUUU